ACCACAUAAAAUAACUUGCAUUAGUAGUGUACAUUAAGCCACACACAUGAGUUCAAUUCACAUUAAUUACAUGAUUGACAAUCAUAGUUUGUUUAUUCAACUACUUCUCUUUGUUAUAUUACAGUUUCAGCAUUUUACGAGUUUGUCCAACUUAGGCUAUUAUAGAGUGCUCUUAAUUAUGGUCAUGCUUUGGACUCCCUUCCAAAGUUAUGCCUAUAAAAAUAUCUUUCUACUAGCUGGACAAAGCAAUAUGUCUGGCCGAGGGGGUGUGAUUAAUGGUAGUUGGACUGGAUAUAUCCCACCAGAAUGCCGUUCUCAACCCUCAAUCCUACGGCUUAAUGCUGAGCUUAUGUGGGAGGUGGCUUGUGAGCCCUUACAUCGAGAUAUAGACAACAAUAAAACCUGUGGGGUGGGACCUGGUAUGUCAUUUGCCAAUUAUGUAUUGGAAAAGGAUUCCAAUAUUGGGGUGAUUGGUUUGGUUCCUUGUGCAUUCGGCGGAUCCUUUAUAUCCGAUUGGAGACAAGGCUCACCUCUCUAUGAUAGACUCAUGAAGAGGUCUAAGGCUGCAUUGGAAGAUGGUGGUGAAAUUCGGGCGCUUUUAUGGUAUCAAGGUGAGAGUGAUACAAAGAAAGAAGAGGAUGCCGAAUUGUACAAGAAAAGAAUAGAAGAGUUCUUCAAUGCAGUUCGCACUAAUUUAUCUUUACCGAACCUUCCAAUUAUUCAGGUGGCAUUGGCAUCGGGCAUAGGAGCAUAUUUUGAUAUCGUAAGAGAAGCUCAACUGGCCGUCAAACUUCCAAAUGUCAUAACAGUUGAUGCAAAGGGGCUACAGUUGUUGAAUGAUGACCCAGUCCACCUUAGCACUCCUGGCCAAGUUAGACUAGGGAAGAUGAUGGCUGACGCCUUCCUCUACUUCAAUUGAAAUUAGAUCAGUUACUUCAAUGUGAACUUAUGAACUAUCAAUGUACAAAUAUUAAAGCAUAAAUUACUAGAUAUAAAUAGUUAUCAAAAUUUUUAUUGUCCAUGCGUUCAAGAUUUAAGUGUUACUCAUUUACUCGUCGUUUUUCUCCUAUUGUGUAGUAAAAAGUUGA